AUGACAAACCGAAACAUUGAGGACAUGCAGCGCGACGUGCGCUUUGUUUACUUCCGGGAACACCAUCAACGAGCGCCGGAAGUGAAGCGGUUUAAGAUCUCCUGUUUGUCAGGCUGUACUCUGAAGGGAAUGUACAACAAUCAUAUGAAGGACACAAACAACAACUGUAACAAAUCUCUCCUAAAUGACUCAAAGGAGAAGCUCAUCCAGGCCAUUAAGAGGAUAAAACAUGAGAUUGAUGAGUGUUAUGAGGCGGAGAGGGACACGUUCGUGGAGGCUUUGGAAGUGGAGGAUCAGUUUGAGGCCUUAGAGCGGGAAGUAAGAGCAGAAUUCCGGAACCUUCACCGCUUCCUGGAGGAAGAGGAGGAUCAGGAUCUGGAGCGACUGAGGAGGGAGAAAGAGAGAAGAAUGAAAGUGUUAAAAGAGAGAGAGAAAAAGAUCGCAAUGCAAGGCAGAGAUCUGGAGAGAGCUAUCGAGACACUCAACAGCAAACUGAGGGAAGAGGACAGUCCCAAACUGUUCAGAGAAAUUAAAGAUUUACUGAAAAGAUGUGAGGUGGGCUUCAUUCCUCCUGCACCAGUUGAAUGUGAGAUUCUUUCCAGUCGGUUUGUGGGACCGAUUCAGUAUCGCAUCUGGAAACACAUGAAGGCGUGUCUUUACCCAAACAUUUCGAGCUUGACCUUUGACCCAGAGACGGCCCACCCGCUCCUCACCGUGUCUCCGUCCGGCACGUCCGUCUGGUUCGAGGAGAAAGAGGAGAUCCCGGAGCCUGAGGAGAAAGAGGAGAUCCCGGAGCCUGAGGAGAAAGAGGAGACGGAGAACACUGUGGAGGCCAAUCCUCGGCGUUUCCACUACUACUACUGCCUCAUGGGAAGGGAGGGGUUCAGCACCGGGAGACAUUACUGGGAGGUGGAGGUGGGCGGGAAGACGGCCUGGCGAGUGGGCGUGGCCAGAGCGGACGUGCACCGCGGCGAGAUGAAGUUCUGUUCCACGGAGGACGGGCUGUGGACGCUGUCGCUCAAAGACGGGGCCCUGCAAGCCUCCACCCACCCCAAAGCCACGCCCGUCCGCUGCUCCCUCCUCCCCGCCCGCCUCGGCGUGUUCCUGGACUGCGACAAGGAGGAGGUGUCGUUCUACAACGCCGUCACCAUGACAACCAUCUACGCGUUCUCCCUGGGAGCCGUGCUCGUGCCGCUGUUUCCGUUUUACAACCCCUGCGACACGGACGAGGGGAAAAAUCUUGCCCCUCUCUCCAUCUUCCGCCCCUCACUUUGA